AUGGGAAAGCUAAAAACUCAAAGUCUUGCCAACAAAAACAAUGGCAUGUUGAAGCUUAAAGUGGUGGUAGAGAAGCUGCAAAAGAGACUUUCGGAAGCCAAGAAAUGGGCUCCUAGAAACACGAACCUUGGAACGGUGCCUGUGAAAAAAGGUCAUUUUGCUGUGAUUGCAGCAGACGACUAUGAAGAAAAGAAAUUCGUGGUACCUUUAGCACAUCUUGAGCGCCCAUCGUUCCAAAAGUUGUUGGAGAGAGCAGCCGAGGAGUAUGGGUUCAACCACGAGGGUGCACUUAUGGUGCCGUGUAGACCAAGUGAGUUCGAGUGGAUUUUGGAUGGAUCAGGAGAUGAUGUCGGUCGGAGUUCGAGUAAAGCGAUGGUGGAAAGUUGUUAA